AUCUCGUGUCAAGGAGAAUGGGCGGUCCGUCACUGCCUGCCCCUCGCGAGCAGACGCACCGCAGCUUCAGUGGUUUUGGGAGCGUCGAGCGUCCUCAAGCUCUCAGCUACUCUCCCUAUGGGUGAGGGCUCUCUGACGACGUGAUCAGCCCCAGAGGCCGUGCUUCCAACAGCCUUCCCUCUCCCCUUCCCCACCACAUCCACUGUCAUCAUGGGGGACGUAGUCCGCAUGCACUUCACCACAGCGGACUAUGUCAUCUUUACCUUGCUGUUGGUGGCCUCAGCCGGCAUCGGCCUCUUCUACGCCUUCUCCGGUGGGCGCCAGCGCACAACACAGGAGUUCCUGAUGGCGGAUCGCUCCAUGAGCUGCCUGCCCGUGUCUCUGUCCCUGCUGGCCACCUUCCAGUCGGCCGUGGCCAUCCUGGGCGCUCCCUCCGAGGUGUACACCUUUGGGACUCAGUACUGGUUCCUGGGCUGCUCCUACUUCUUGGGCCUGCUCAUCCCGGCUCAUGUGUUCAUACCCAUCCUCUACCGCCUGCGGCUGUCCAGCGCCUACGAGUACCUGGAGCUGCGCUUCAACAAGACGGUCCGCAUAUGUGGGACAGUGACCUUCAUCUUUCAGAUGGUCAUUUACAUGGGGGUGGUCCUGUACGCCCCGGCUCUGGCACUCAAUGCAGUGACAGGUUUUGACCUAUGGGGGGCAGUGCUGGCCAUGGGGUUGGUGUGCACUCUGUAUACUGCUCUGGGGGGUCUGAAGGCGGUGAUCUGGACCGAUGUCUUCCAGACGGUGGUGAUGUUCGCGGGACAGCUGGCGGUCAUUGUGGUGGGGGCCAAUCAGGCGGGGGGCAUGGCAGAGGUGUGGAGGAAAGCAGUGAAUGGCAGCCGCAUUUCUGGACUAGACCUGAACCCCGACCCUCUGGAGCGCCACACCUUUUGGACGCUGGGUGUGGGAGGAGUCUUCCUGAUGUUGGCUCUGUACGGGGUCAACCAGGCCCAGGUCCAGAGAUACCUCAGCGCUCGUACGGAGAAGGAGGCCGUCAUGUCCUGCUACGUAGUUUUCCCAUGCCAGCAGAUUGUCCUGUGUUUAGGUUGCCUGAUGGGUCUGGUCAUGUUUGCUCGCUACGGAGAGGACAGCCCUCUGGACAAAGGCUACGUCAAAACUAAUGACCAGAUGGUGCUGUAUUUUGUGAUGGACGUCUUCAAGGAUCUGCCCGGGCUCGCAGGACUGUUUGUGGCCUGUCUCUUCAGCGGCGCUCUCAGCACCAUCUCAUCCGCUUUUAACUCCCUCGCAACCGUAACCAUGGAGGACCUGAUAAAACCUUAUUUUCCAAACAUGACCGAGGCUAAAGCUACGCUGCUAUCCAAGGGUCUUGCUUUGGUCUACGGCCUGGUGUGUCUGGCUAUGGCCUACCUCGCCUCUAUAAUGGGAUCUGUGCUGCAGGCAGCCUUCAGCAUCUUCGGGAUGGUAGGCGGUCCUCUGCUGGGCCUCUUCUGUCUGGGAAUGUUCUUUCCCUGGGCGAACUCCACUGGUGCAGUGGUCGGGUUAGUAGCGGGCCUCGCCAUGGCCUUCUGGAUCGGCAUUGGGAGCUUUGUGAUGCGCAUGCCCGAUUCCCUGCCAGCACUCAAUGCCACGGUCCUGCCCCUGUUUGACAACAUGACCACCGCCGCCAUGACGACACUGGUCACCGCCACCAAAGCCAAGCUAAGGCCAUCGGGUGUGGAGGCGCUCUACUCGUUGUCCUACAUGUGGUACAGCGCUCACAACUCCACCACUGUGGUGG